AUGGCCGGUCUUUCAACGAGAAGAGGCGAUACCAGCUCGGGUAGUGCAGCCGAUGAGGUUGACCAGUUGCUAACGAGAGAUUCCUUGAGCCGUCGAUCCAACCAGACGUCCUCCCCCUUGAUACCAAGAACGCCUUCGCCGACCACGCGGCGGGGUUUCAUUGCAACCAACUACCACCGAAUCCAGUUUGUCCUACACCGAGAAGACCCCCAGAGAUUGGAGUACUGGAUCGACAACCCUGAACGCCGCAUCAGGCAGGUCCUGGUGCAAUCCGACCUUUCCUGGUUUCAGAUGCCUACAUACGACCUCGUGGAGUUCCAGGACAUUCGGCUCACUGCUCAUGUGGACUUCAUGUCGGAGGAGCAGCUGAUUCGAUGGUUGCAGAGACUCCUGGUGAUGCGGCCUGGCGUGAGCGACAAUUGGUUUCUUUUCGACUAA